AUGGACCGGUCGACGAGGUCAAAAACAAUCAAUCAGGAAGAAGAGAGUAAAUUAGACCCAGUGCAGGCACUGCAGAUGAAAAUAAUGGAAGAAGACGCAAGACGAAGGACACAACAUGAGGAUAAAGAAGCGAAGCAAAAGGAGGAAGAAAGAAAAUCGCGGAUGAAGUUGGAGGAGGAGGAAGCGAAGCAAAAUGAGGAAGAAAGAAAGUUACGAAUGAAGUUGGCGGAGAAGGAAGCAAAACAGAAGGAGGAAGACAGAAGGUUCAGAAGAGAGGCAGAUAUUCCGAGAAUGGAACACAAGGAAGAUACGGAAGAACAACUCGGAAGUGGUUGUUAUAGCUGUGGUAACACCGGUCAUCUUGCCAAGCAUUGUCCGAGGAGAAUAAAGGACGAACCAGUAAAACGGAUCAUGAAAUGCCAGGUGAACCAGAGGUUAGAUGGUACAGUGAAUGAGCAGACCCAGGAUGGAGUUGGUAAAAGGGUGCAAGUUAGAAAAUUAUUCAAAAGACCCUUUGUGAAGGUCCAGGUACAGGAGAAACAAUUCUGCGAUUCUCUGGUGGAUAGUGGAGCCGAGGUAUGUUGCAUCAGUAAAAAAUUAUUUGAUGCUUUAAAUCUAGAGCGGAUGGGCCAACUACGGAUUGUAGGAUUGGAUGGACAGAGUAGGAAGGUUGACGCUACCUGGGUAACUGUGACUCUCCAGAUAAAACACUGUGAAGUCAUUGCACCAAGUGUGGAAGUUUGGUGUGCCAUUAUACCAGAUACCCUCGAAAAGCUACUUAUCACCCCCGAUGUAGUUGAACGUUUGAAGGGUACAGAAGAAUACGCAGUGCCGUUGGUAAGUUUGGAAGGAGAUACAAGAAAUGCCUCAGGUAAAGCUAUUCGAAGAAGGAUAAAAACAUUUGAUGGACUAGCGCAAGAAGGUAAAGAACAGAUGUUUUACGAUCCGGAGGUUGGGCUUACACAAUGGGAACCAUGGAAUUAA